AUGGCCAAUGACCAGAGACCACAGGCCCUGCGGUACCACCGGUGUUCAACAGGGAAAAUUCAUGGCUUUCAGCAAAUUCCAGAAUCCGUACACGUCGUCGUCCACGAUGUCUAUGGAGACCAAAGCCUCCAUAACCCAUUUGCUUCAUCUCUAACAUUGCCGUUAAGGUUGCCACAUAUCAAUGGUAUCUCUGAUGAUGGUGUUUUCUUGACGGCAUCUGAGAGUGUGUUCCAGAAGUCAUUUUGGCGUCUUCAGAUUCACUGGUCUGUGAAAACAGAUGUCAAACCUUCGCCUUUCCAGCAUGUCGACGAUCUCCAUGAAGUGUCCAGUAAGCGAUUCAAUAUUCAAGUGCCAAGCGAUUCAAGUGCCAAGUCUGAUAUUCCAGGAAGGGUCGCCCAAUUUUCUACAACAUCCCUCUACUGUUGCAUACUUCCUUGA